AUGGGGAGGAAGAUCAAGCAUUUCCUGGUCUCCCUCCUCUCGUGCUGCAUUGCUGCUGCUGCUGCGGCGGGAAUCGGAUCCUCAUCCGACGCCGACGUCAUCGCCGACCUCGUUCGAUCCCUCGCGAAGCUGCCCUCCACCUGGACCGCCGGCGGCGACGCUUGCUCCUUCAAGGGCGUCACCUGCUCCGCUGCCGGCCGCGUCACCGCCAUCGACCUUGCGGGGCAAGGCCUGGCGGGGACGCUGCCGUCCUCCAUCUCCAACCUCACCGCGCCCGAGUCGCUCCAGCUCCAGGGCAACGCCCUCUCCGGCGCUGUCCCGCCGCUCCGAUCCCCCGCCCUCACCCGCCUCUCCCUCGACGGCAACGCCUUCACCUCCCUCCCCGGGGACUUCCUCCGCGCGACUCCCGCGCUGCUGAGCCUUAGCAUCGACGGUCUCCCCCUGCCGUCGUGGCCGUUCCCUGCCGCCAUCUUCGGUUGCCCUUCCCUCCACACCUUCUCCGCCUCCAACACCAACCUCACCUGCGCCUUCCCGGCGGCGGCCCUGGUCUCGAACCUCACGUCGAUCAGGACGCUGCGCCUGUCCCACAACAAUCUCACCGGCGUCAUACCGGCGGACCAGGGCCCGGUGCCGGUGUUCGCGUCCGCCGUGGUCGCCGGCAACGGGUUCUGCUUGGAAAAACCCGGGCCAUGCGACGCGCAGGUGAGCACUCUGCUCCAGGUGGCCGAGGGGUUUGGUUACCCGCUUCAUCUCGCAAGGUCAUGGACGGGGAACGAACCCUGCAGUGGCUGGGUGGGCGUGAUAUGCGACAUGUCAGAUGUAGAGAUUCUCGGCCUGACGAGCUACAACUUGUCAGGGACAAUAUCACCGGUCAUUGCCAACUUGAAAGGGCUUAGGAAGCUUGACCUGGCCAACUACAAUCUCACCGGGGAGAUUCCGGAUGCGCUCGCGGCAUUGCCGAACCUUAGCCUUGUUGAUGUCAGAAACAAUAGGCUCACCGGCCAACUGCCCAAGUUUAGGGAGUCAGUUGAUGUGUCGGCAGAUGGGAACAGCCCGAGUUUGAGGAAUCAUCAUGGUUCAGGACAAGGUAGUCAGUCUCAAUGGAGGCUCUUCAUCAUCUUCAGACUCAGCAGAUGCCUCAUCAAAGUCUAG